ACGGUGCGACUUCUCUUAUGAGCAUUUCUAUAUUUUCUCCAAGAUCUUUGACGGUAAAUUUGAAAAUGAAUUGUGCAGCCAAAAUUUCUAGUACAUUCAUUCAUACAUUAUUUAUCAAUAAAAAAAUCUGAUGUAGGUUUUUCGUGCUCUUAAAUAAACAAGUGGUCGUAAAACAUUUACUGUAGAAAAAAUCGUCAGAUUUUUUUUCGGAGUGAUGAAAAAAUUUCUAUUUCAAGCGAAGCCCCUGAUUACUUGGUUCCAGCUGAUUUUCAUUUUAUUACUUAUCACAGAUGUCAAAGGAUUGAAAAAUGUUAAAUUGGAGGUGACUCCAGAGGUAGUAGAGCAAGGCCAAGAGGCCAUUCUCAGGUGCUCGUACGAGCUCGAAGACGAACCUCUUUACUCACUGAAAUUCUACCGGGGCGAACACGAGUUCUACAGGUAUUCGCCCAACGAAAGGCCCCAAACGAAGAUUUUCAAUUUCACUUGGAUCGAAGUCGACGCGAGUCGUUCGAGCGAGAGCCAAGUGACCAUCCGCAAAGUAGACUUCAUAUUAAAAGGAAACUUCAGCUGCGAGGUGACGACGAACCCGAGCUACACCACCAUGACCAGCACCAAAAGCCUCACCGUCGUUUCUGUUCCCAGGGGCAAGCCCGUUAUCGCGUCCGAGCGAAAACGUUACGAGCCUGGAGAGACUCUGCGAGCUAAUUGCAGCAUUCCACUUUCGAGACCAGCGGCUCGAAUUUUUUUCACCCUCAACGACGACGCGGUAAACGAAAUCUUCGUGAAAGAAGGAGAAGCGAGCCGUGAGGGGGAUUCACGGCAGAGCAUCGAAUUGAGCAUGCCGCUGAAAAGUGUGCACUAUAGCCUCAGCGGCGAGCUGAAGCUGCGCUGCAACGCGAAAAUAGCCGACAUAUACGACGAGUGGAGCGAGCUUCGAUUGGGCAGCAGCAGACAGCGAGAGCCCGUGCCCGCCAGCGUUCGAUCAUCCAGCAGUUCCAAUCGAAGUCUUAGAAUUUCCGACUGGAGAAAAUUAUGGAUAAUCAUCAUGUUCUUAAUACAUUCGAGGUAAUUUUUACCAGUCAGUAAAUUGAAAGUAUACGCAUCGACGAGACUGGAGGGACAAUACUUUUACAUAUUGUUUACAAGUUCAAAAAGACAUUUUGAACUUGAAUUUUAAAAAUUUGUAUAGUACAUCACAGUAAAUUGGUAAAAACUGUACGAAUGAAUAAGUUUGUAAGAAAAGUUUUUUAAUGUAUUAAACACUGUUACAAUGGCACUUUGACUAAUUGGAAAAUCGUGACUCUUUCAAAAACGCCCUCAGUAUAACUCAUUAAGUUAUAAAUUUAUAUUUAUAAUGAUAACCAGUUUAAAGUUAAACACUUAAAAAUUUCAACUAUUUAUUCUUCAUCAUUUUCUUCCAUAGACUGUUUCAUUUAUAAUAUUUGUUAACCAAAUUAAAGUUAAUUAUAUUAGUACCUUGCUGUAAAUAUUAUGCAAAGCUACAGC